AUGACGUUCCUCAAGCGUUACGGCUUCAGCGCUGUCGGCCUCAACCUCUUUCUGGCCGCCGCCGUCAUCCAGUGGGCCACGUUAGUCGGCGGCUUCUUCCACGGCCACGGCGGAACCGUGCAUAUCGGCAUCACCAGCAUGUUGACUGCCGACUUCGCUUCCGCCGCGGUCCUCAUCACAUACGGCGCGCUGCUGGGCAAAACUAGCCCCACCCAACUAGUUAUCCUCACCAUUAUAGAAAUCAUCCUCUUCUCCUUCAACGAAUGUUCCAGCAUGUCUGGGCCACUGAAAAUGAAACUAGUUAUCGUCACCAUCAUAGAAAUCAUUCUCUUCUCCUUCAACGAAUACAUCGGUGUUACAAUAUUCCAGGCUGUGCACGCGUUUGGAGCCUACUUCGCUUUGUCCAGGUCGAGGGUUCUAUACCGCGAAGACGUGGCAAGAUCAGAGAAGGAAGGAUCAGUCUACCACUCCGACAUAUUCUCAAUGAUCGGUAAGAACUAG